AUGCAUUGGAUCAAUUAUUUUGUCCUAUCACAUGACCUAAUUUCAUAUCCCAACAGCACCCAUCAUUUAUUAUAAUAGAUAAUCAUUUGGAUCCAUUUCGAGUUAGUUGAUGAAUUGUUAUUUAUUAAUGAUGUUGGUUUAAAGCAAUAUGGUUUGAUUCUUUAUGAUCACAAUUACAUCAAAUAUACAAAUAAUCAGAUUGGCUGUAUCCAUCAUCAUGAAGAUAAAGGAUAGCAUUUUACUCAAUUUAAAAAGUUAGAAAAAGUAGGUUCUGCAGUAACCUUUGUGGCAAAAUCUAUGGAAUUAGAAAAAAAUUACAAAUGCAAAUAGGAAAUUGGAGAAAUUGCAUAAUUGAUAAUGAAAACAAUAUUAAUAGAUACAUUCAAUUUUUAAUAAAACCAAUAUCAAAUUAGAUGGAUGGACAAAGAUAAACAAAUUCUCGAUUUAUGCCAUUCUUCUAUCCUUAACUUAAUGCUUAAAAGAGUAUUAAUAUCUUACAGAUUUGAAUUAAAAUGA